AUGCUCCCUAGUACCCUCGCAGCGGCUGAUUUCACGGCUUUUCAACGCACCAUCCCUAGCUCGGAUAUUGUAAUCUUUUCAGAUGGAUCUAGGCUGAUAGAUGGACGUGCAGGGGGUGGCUAUAUUGGAUUUCAAGCACACCAUCAGUUCCUCCGCUCCUCACUCUCAUACGGACAUGAGAAAGAGGUCUUUGACACAGAAGCAGAAGCUGCCCUAGCUGGUGCUCAAGCAGCAAUAACAUACCCAACAGCUCAAUUUGCUACCAACCUAUGGAUCUGCCUUGACAACCUGGAAGUUGCCACGCGCCUCCUAUCCCCCUCUACAGGAUCCUCCCAAGAGGUCUUUGAAUCCUUCCGCACCCUUGCAGCCGCCUGGCCACUACGCGAAAGGCUUCCACACACCAAAAGUGGAUCAAUCCAAAUCUGA